GGAUGCUCGACAUCAGGAAAACCUUAAUUCGGUCAUUGACGUGAAAAGGUCUCUGGCUUGCUUACUUAUCACGGAUCAAAUCUGGCUAGCCAAACAAGUCGUUUUAAGGUUCACGGCAAAGGACUUUGAUUCUCAAUGCUGUUGUUGUUAUGUUUAAUGAAUCUUUUCCUCUUCUUAAUUUGAUACAAGCUGCAGGUAAUCUAUCUCUUUCACUGUCUUUCUGUCUUUCUUUUUUCUCUCUCUCCAUAUACCAAUCGUCGAAGCUGUGCCAUGUCGACUUCCCCGGAGCAAGAGGCAUCAGUCUCAUCUACAAACGAUGCGACCGCACCACAAAAUAAUCCUCUCAACACCACAUCAGGAGAGGUCAAAGAGAAAGGCGCAGAGAAGACAAUAUCAUGUGUAUCGUGCAGGCGGAGGAAAUUGAAAUGCGAUCGAGUAAAACCCAAAUGCGGGACAUGUGGCAGACUAAGACACGAGUGCGAAUAUCCCGAGAGAAGGAGAAACAUAGGUACAAAGAGGAGAAAUAUGAAAGAAUUGGAAGCUAGAUUGGCACAAGUGGAAACCCAGCUCGUGGCAGAGACGCAACAACUCGCUGCGAAUAAUGCGAAUAAUGCGAAGAAUGCCAUCAAUGCGAUUGAGAUGAACGUGAAUUUAAAUACGAAUGGGAAUUUGAAUACAAUUACAAAUACAAUUACAAAUACCCAACCGGACUGGAAUGCUAUGAAUAUGGAUAUGGACAUGAAUUUCACAGAUGAGGGAAUACAAAAUAUAGGAUACGAUAUCUUGAGUGGAAAUGUCGGGACUGCAUCUACAGUACCAAUUGGAGACUACUUUUCCCAAGAUGUCAUAAGUUUAGGACUACAAGAACCUCUGCCUCCUGAUAAUCUCAUGGAUGAACUAUUCCAAAUAUAUUUCGAAAGAUUUCAUCCAACUUUGCCUAUGAUACACAAGGGCCGAUUCUUUGCCGCUCUGAAUAUGCCAACAAACCAUAGACCGCCGGUUUCGUUGCGAUAUGCUAUGAUGACGGUAGCAGCAUCACUUUCGGACAACUACCAGAGUUAUGCUGAAAUCUUCUACGAGAGAGCUAGAAGAUACGCUGAGAUUACGGAGAUGAAGGGACAAGGAGAGGGUUUGAUGUGCAUACCCGCCGUUCAAGCUUGGUCACUCAUUAGUAACUACGAGGCCACAAACGCUUAUUUUGGUCGAGCAUGGAUGAGUACAGGAAGAUGUGCACGAUUAUGUCAUAUGCUUUCACUGCAAAGGCUUGAUGCAGAGGGACCUUUUGCAGGAAAGAAAUUACUACCUCCAUCGAAGGAUUGGGUCGAACAGGAGGAGCGACGAAGGACAUUCUGGGCAGCUUACUAUGGUGACAGAUGGUCUAGCUGUGCUACCGGAUGGCCAAUGAUGUUUGAUGAGGAAAAGAUUGACACCAACCUACCAUGUAACAAUGAUGCGUGGGAUUUAGGGGUAAAGGAAAACACAUGCUCGUUGGCUGCGGCAUUAACUCCCGAGGGUGCUUCCACGAUAUCAUCUUUUGCUGGAGUUAUCCUGUCAGCAUGUCUGUUCGGUCGCAAUAGCCAGCACACGCUUAAAAGUGGUCCAGAGGAUGGUGCCAACGAUCUCGCCAACGGUUCAUUCUGGAAAAAUCACAGGAAAAUGGACAAUAUAUUGUCUAGUACAUUCAUGUUUCUACCUGAUCACCUCAGAUUACCUGCUGGACUGAGGGAUCCCAACAUUGUCUUUUUCCAUAUGAACAUACAUUGUGCAACAAUCUGUUUACAUCAAGGAGCAGUCAUGGUUGCUGAGCGGGAAAAUAUCAGUCAAUCAUUCAUAAGCCAAAGCGAAGCGAGAAGUUUGAUGGCAGCCGAAGAAAUAACGAAUCUGAUGCGCCUUAUAAGUCAUUUCGAUGCAUCCAAGAUGAGUUCAUGGAUAGGCUUUUGUCUUUAUGUUGCUUCUGGUGUUAUCCUCCAGGAUACAAGAAAGGAUAGACCAAACCCACAAAGUUCCAGCAAUUUAGAGUUUAUGGUGUCAGCUAUGAAGGCUGUUGGGAAAAAGCACAUCAUUGCAAAACACUUUACUGCUCAACUUGAACUCGAAAUUAAGACACAGAGAGUCGAUCGCAAUGAUAUGGCAAACAUUCUUUAUGAUUUGCGUAACUCUCCAGAAGUAGACGACCCGAGUCUUUGCGUUUUUCCUCAUAGCUACCGAAGAAAAGGUCCAAAGGAUGAGUCUUCUCGUAGCUCAAUUGAUACCGGUCAAACAAGAAGCAUAUCUGCCAAUACGCCCCCACAAGCCACACAACAACCAACAUACGAUGCCAUCUCAAAAGUAGUAUCUGCUUGCCCCUUUGCAGCAAACUUCCCUCCACAACUAAAUCCGCAAGGGGAUUCAGGCAGCGAAACAAUUGAAUCCGACUUGAGUUGGCCUCAAACUGGAAAUACCCCUUCUUCAGAAUCUUCAACAUCCAAUACAACAUAUCCAUAUCGCAAUUCAAAAUCUAUGGACUCGAAUUCGAACUGGGCUUUUAAUCCAGAGGCGACGCGGUAUAUGGUAGAUCCGUCGGCGUUGAAUGGCUCGAAUAGAGAUAUGGGGAAUGAAGUGCAGGAUAAUGUGUUAUUGAAUGAUUUGCUUAAUAGUGCACCUUGGGAUAAUACUUAUCAACAUGUUGGUCUGAACUCACGGCACGGUAGUGGAUAGGGGGUUUUUUUUGGUGGAAUGUGAAGGAAACUUGUACAGUAUUAUAUACGCAUAGAUUACUAGGAAUCUCGAAAUAUUAGACAAGAUUUCCACUCCUUCAAUCUUGAACCCUCAGAUUUGUUUAUUUAAUUAGUUGUACCGACUGACUGUUCUUUAAUAUAGGGAUUGGGAUUUGUUUAGGGGAAUUAAAUGAUUGUUGAGAAGCUUAUUUUAUAAAUGCAGAGCUAACCACACCCCGAGGUAGAUUAAUUAUUUUUGGUUAGGAUUCUAUCCUUUUUCUUUGGGGGAGAACCAGGUCUGUGGAAUUGGAGACUUGGAGAUGGAGGGUCCGGGUAGUUCACCCAUUUGCAUCUAAAUGGCGGGUUCUCUUCUCGGGGGCGCGUCUAACUGCGGUUUUAGUAGCUAGAUUUGG